AUGCCACUUCCUACUCAAACCGACGUUGAUUCCAUUCUUGAGAUCCUCAGGCGCUUUUCUAAUCACCAAGAUCCGAAAGGUGUCGAUGGGGCUGUUCCUUAUGAAGCUGUAGCAGCUGAGAAAAUCGAGAACUUUAGGGCCGCAAAGAAACCAGUCUCACUCCUUCUACCCGCUUUCCCAUGGAAAUCGCCAAACCCGCAGAAGACUUUAUCUAAGAGUCCUGAUUUGGGAGAGGAACUUGGACUGCGAUUCAUCACGGGGACGUCUAGAGAUCGCUCUGCUAGGGCAUGUUCUGAUUCUGGGCUAACACAUUCAGAUCUUCUUGGCUAUCCAGACGAAGAUGUAUUCAGCUAUGGACAAGAACUGCGAGAUAUGGCGUGUGAAAAUGGUCUGACAUCUAUCUCUUUCAUGCGGUUGAUCGACGUUCUUGGUCUCAACGACGGCAACGCCAUCUCCAAAGAGGUCUUUUUGAGUAUCGCUCCAACCUGCCGGAGAGAGCUUGAAAAGGGAUUCCUGGAUCCGAAUUUCAAUAUCGAGAGGGAAAUCAAAGAUCAUCCCGACACCGCAUUGACAUAUCGGGGUUUUGUCAAGGGCGCCUACGACGACCUCCGAUGGGGACCUAAUAUUCCUGAAGCUGUCAAAUCGAAUGAAGACAUGUACCAGGCCGAGGCACGGCGAGUUGGAGAGCAAAUGACACGGCGACUAAUUGUGAGAAACCGCACUUCCAUUGCCCGACGACCCCUUACUGACACAUGUACACAACAGGCCUAUGAAAGAGCACUGGAGUUCCGAUUUCCAGAUAGCAUCAGAAUCUCGAUUCACCCAUCGACCGGAACUUCAAAGUUUUCUAUACCUCUGAUACCUCAACCUGACUGUUUUGGUCUCACACCAUGGCACUCUUGCGUGCUGGUGACCGCCCAAGGAGACAAUCGCACAACGUGGGUCCAGCACGUGACAGAUGCCGAAAA